AUGUCGACUUACAAGUUUCAUCAGUACCAAGUGGUUGGGAGAGCUCUACCGACGGAGACAGAUGAGCACCCGAAGAUCUAUCGGAUGAAGCUCUGGGCCACCAAUGAGGUCCGCGCCAAGUCCAAAUUCUGGUAUUUCCUGAGGAAGCUUAAGAAGGUGAAGAAGAGCAAUGGUCAAGUCCUCGCUAUUAAUGAGAUCUUUGAGAAGAAUCCAACCACAAUCAAGAACUAUGGUAUCUGGUUGCGUUACCAAAGUAGGACUGGUUAUCAUAACAUGUACAAAGAGUACCGAGAUACCACUUUGAAUGGUGCUGUACAGCAGAUGUACACCGAAAUGGCUUCUCGUCACAGGGUUCGCCAUCAUUGCAUCCAAAUUAUCAAGACGGCCACUAUCCCAGCUAAACUUUGCAAGAGGGAAAUUACCAAACAGUUCCAUAACUCUAAGAUCAAGUUCCCUAUGGUGUUCAGGAAGGUGAGGCCACCUACUAGGAAGCUCAAGACGACAUACAAGGCAUCUAGACCCAACUUGUUUAUGUAA